AUGGCAGAUCGCAAAUCGCGGCAUGUGCGGCACAUGCCGACGAGGUCCGUCCGAGCAGCGGCAGCCAGCACGCGGUCGCUUGUGGCCGCGACCCUCGCUAUCUGCGUCACGACCAUAGUAUGCGUCGUGUACCUCGUCACCGAAGCGCAGACGAUCUUGCACGAGCUCCGGCUGGCGACAGUCCCGACCUCCUCGCUGCACGCGGUGGCGCCGCCAGGAGCAGCGCUGACGCCGCGCACCAGCCUCGGCCGAGACUUUGGCGCGCAAACCAAUAGGACGCGCGUCUUGAUUGUCCACGCGGGCGACGACUGGCUCGCUCAGUUUGGCCAAGAGGUGGCACGCGGCGCAGCCAGCGUCACGACCGCCGUCAGAGUGCUGCACCCUGCCAACGCGUCCAUCUCGGAUGUGCUCUGGGCCGACGCCGUGAUCCUCGGGAGCAACGUCUACAACGCCAACCGCCAAGGUCGCCGGCGCCUUUGCAUUGGCCGGCGGUAUGAGCUCGGCGAGGAGCUCGUGCUGCUCAACCUCCUCCACUCGCUCAUGAUCUUUCGAUUUGUUGUCGUCGGUGGAGAUGCGCGGACAAGUGCAUUUGGCGCCUCGGCCAUCAUGGGCGAAGGACCCUUUCACCUCGGCACCAACGACAGCAGCCACCGACCGGGUGCGUGGCCGUCGAUCUGCUAUCACCACGACAACCACAUUCCCGCGUACUUUCUCUUGAAAGCCCACGGUCUCGGACAGCGUGUCGCCAACGUCGCCACCAAGCUGCGGGCGCCACGCGAAGCAUGA